ACUUCCUGGCCGGCCCCGGAAACCAGCAGGCGUUGGGGAGGAGGGGGGGUGGGAUAGCGGCAGCAGCAGUCCCAGCCCUCAGAAAGACAGCAGGAAGGGAGGGAGGGCGGGAGCUGGGGGGACAACCCCCCAUCAUUCCUACCGCUAUGGGCCCAGCCUCCCACUCCCAUCUCCCCUCCAUCGGCCGAGGCUAGGACACCCCCCAGUCCCGUCGCCCCCUUGGCACCGACACCCCGACCGAGGCAGAGACACAGCCAGCCGCCACCACCGCUGCCGCAGCCUGGCUGGGGAGGGGGCCAGCCCCCCAGGCCCCCCACCCCUCUGAGGUGGCCAGAAUGGAACUGUGGCCAGGGGCAUGGACGGUACUACUGCUGCUCUUCCUGCUGCUGCUCUUCCUGCUGCCCACUGUGUGGUUCUGCAGCCCCAGUGCCAAGUACUUCUUCAAGAUGGCCUUCUACAAUGGCUGGAUCCUCUUCCUGGCUGUGCUGGCCAUCCCUGUGUGUGCUGUGCGAGGACGCAACGUGGAGAAUAUGAAGAUCUUGCGUCUGAUGCUGCUCCACAUCAAAUACCUGUACGGGAUCCGAGUGGAGGUGCGAGGGGCCCACCAUUUCCCUCCCUCGCAGCCCUACGUCGUCGUUUCCAAUCACCAGAGUUCCCUCGACCUACUUGGGAUGAUGGAGGUCCUGCCUGGCCGCUGUGUGCCCAUUGCCAAACGUGAGCUGCUCUGGGCUGGCUCUGCUGGGCUGGCCUGCUGGCUGGCGGGAGUCAUCUUCAUUGACCGGAAGCGCACAGGAGAUGCCAUCAGUGUCAUGUCUGAGGUGGCCCAGACCCUGCUUACCCAGGACGUGCGGGUCUGGGUUUUUCCUGAGGGAACAAGAAACCACAAUGGUUCUAUGCUGCCCUUUAAGCGUGGCGCCUUUCACCUCGCAGUCCAGGCCCAGGUUCCCAUUGUCCCCAUAGUUAUGUCCUCCUACCAAGACUUCUACUGCAAGAAGGAGCGCCGCUUCACUUCGGGGCGAUGUCAGGUACGGGUGCUGCCCCCAGUGCCCACAGAAGGACUGACACCAGAUGACGUUCCAGAGCUGGCAGACAGAGUCCGGCAUUCCAUGCUCACAGUUUUCCGGGAAAUCUCCACUGACGGCCAGGGUGGUGGUGACUAUCUGAAGAAGCCUGUGGGAGUAGCUGAGGCCCGGCUGUGAGCUCCCCUCCUACCUACCCUACCUUUCUUCCCACACCUACCAAUCUAGUGAGUCCUGGAGCAGGGCCCAGCCCUCUUCCUUGUUUCCCCUCUCCCCACCUGUUCAUCUCUUUGGAAUCUUCACCUUCUGAAGUGAAUAUGGAUACAGCGCUCCCUGCCCCUUCCCAGCCCACCCUUGGACUCUCUUGCCUCAGUGCACUCUCCACUCUGACCCACCUCUUGCCAUCUUGUCUGUGGAACAGUUGCCUCCUCCCUCUGGAGUGGCUCAGCCUACACAAGGGUGGGAAACACUCCAUCUGGUCCCCUCUCCCUUUCCAUUCCACAUUGGCCAGUGGACUCAUCCAUUCCAUGGACAGUUCCUUCCACUCCACAUCCUUGGAGUCGGUGGACUCAUCUAUUUGUGAGGAGGACUCUUCACCCUGUGGCUCCUGGAACAGUCCUCCCAGACUCAUCCUGAGAAUACUCCUCAGCACCUUGAUCCCCACCCCAGGGAGCCUCCUGUCAUUGGGGGCUGGACUCUUGUAACUCAGAGGUCUCAUCCCUGCCCAUACCCAGUGCCCAGGGUUGCGCACAUUCCUGGACGCACACGGCCAGUUUGGUGUCCACACAUUUCUCUCUGCUUCCCCUCCCUCACACCUGGUACAGUUCUUCAGUGGUCCUGGACCCUCCCCCCACAUCCCUGCAGCCCCACUGUGCCAUUCCAUCAGACACAAGGGGGAGAGGCAGACAUCAGGUGCUGCGCUCACUUCUCCCUGGGGAGUUGUGGAAGGAACUGAAUCCUGGCUGGAGGGGACAGGAGGGUUUUUAAUUUAUUUCUCUUUCUUUUGAGGCUUUCCCUCUCCAGCCAGUUUUCAUUUCCCUGCUGUGGCAUUAGCCACUCCCUGCCUCCCAUCCCAGACCCAUUCCUACAAUCGGGGAGGUGGGCUGGGAGCAAAAAGGAGAGGGUGGGACACAGCUUUGUGUGAUUGGUUUUUAUUACCUGGAUAACAGCAAGAAACGGAGAAUAAAGAGAGAGAGAGAUUUG